UCUGCUGAACCUUUAAUGUAUUUUUGAAGGAGAAGCAUAGACUUAUGGUGUGGAAAAGAAUAAUGGCUUUCUGGCUAAAGAAAGGAUACCUUCUUUUUCUCCAUAGAAAAUAUGAAGGGAGAAGCAAAGCUAAAAAAGCCAAGAAUAAUGAACAACCAACGCACCACAAUGCGGAAUCAGGUUCCAAAUAUUAAUAGCAAUAAUGUUGUUGUUAGUAUUCAAUGUUUUGAUAUUCUCUCGCCAAUCAAUACCAUCGUUAAACCCAGAUUUUGAAGUCCAUCCCUUUCAAGUUUUGGGAGAAACCCAUCAGUUUUUCUCUCUGUCUCUGUGUUUAAGCAUCAUAGGGGUUUAGAUUCCAGGAGAAAGGUUCUGUUUUUUUUUUUGUCAGUGAUUUAAUGACUGGAAAGUUUUUCUGGAUGGUUUUGAGGAUUCACAUGGACUGUAAUGGAUGUUACAGGAAAGUAAGAAGAGCUCUUCUCAGUAUAAAAGAGUUGGAGGACCAUUUGAUAGAACAAAAGCAGUGCAGGGUAAGCGUUUGUGGAAAGUUUAGCCCUCAAGAUAUAGCAAUCAAAAUAAGGAAGAAGACCAACCGCAGAGUAGAGAUAUUGGAGAUUCAAGAGUGUGAUACCUUCACUGAAAACAAUGAUAUCCAAGGACCCUUCAUCAUCAAUGCCUGGAAAUGCCAAUCCAACUAUGACCAAGCUGAAAUUUGUUGUAAGCAUGAAGGUAACAAAGAAGAAAAGGAAGAAUUAGCUUCGUCUAUAACAUAAACUGUUCUUCAUCUUUCAUAUUAUUUUGCCAUUUUUAUGUGUCACACAUGCAAAUUACUUCAUAAAACCAUAUGCAUUUAGUUGUUUACAAGUCGAAUAACAUAUAGUUGAUCAUGUAAGAAUUAAGCAGUCCAGUGCUUAUAGACGUUAUUUGGAAAACUUACUAUUUUAUUCACAAAUGAGCAAUUCGUAUUCAUAGA